GCUUUGCUUCUAUCGAUUAAGCUACUUGCGAUUCAUUUGAGUUUCUAUUGAUUCUUUCUUCCUCAAUUCCACCUGCUAAGGUAUUUAGUUAUUGAUUAAUUCAGUCGUUCUAGUGUCUGAUUGAGGUUUUGUUGGAAUGUUUUGAUCUGAUAUUGAUUCAUGAGAUCUGAUUUCAGUUUAAUUUCGUUCCGAAAGGUCUGAAAGUCGAAUUCUUUUUUCGUAUUUGGACUUUUAGGGUUUAUACGGAUGUGGGUUUAUUGAUUUUUUUGGGCGAUUUCAUCUUGAUUCAUGUUUCUUUUAGUUGCUUCGUAUGUGUAAUUCGAUGAUGGCUUCAUUCUCUUCUACUGAUUCAUUACGACUUCCAACAAAUUUUAGGAAGUUGAAGCUUGGUGAUGUUAUAGAAAGAUGUCUGAGUUGAAAAGCGAGGGUUAUUGUCUCGAGAAUAAACAGUCAGCUGCUGGUUCAUGUUCCUCUGUUUCGGAAAACAGCGGCAGUAUCACUCUGAAGUCUCCGGGAGUCGGUAGCCCUACUGCUACAUCACCAUCUCACAGGAGGACCACCGGGCCAAUCAGGCGGGCAAAAGGGGGUUGGACACCUGAGGAGGAUGAUACAUUGAGAAGAGCAGUUGCUGUGUACAAGGGGAAGUGCUGGAAGAAAAUAGCUGAGUUCUUUCCAGAUAGAUCAGAGGUUCAGUGUUUGCAUAGAUGGCAGAAAGUUCUAAAUCCAGAACUUGUUAAGGGACCAUGGACUCAGGAGGAAGAUGAAAAAAUCAUUGAGUUAGUAUCAAAAUAUGGGCCUACAAAAUGGUCAGUGAUAGCAAAGUCGUUGCCUGGUCGAAUUGGGAAGCAAUGUCGUGAGAGGUGGCACAAUCAUUUGAAUCCUAGCAUUAAGAAAGACGCAUGGUCAUUGGACGAGGAACUGGCUCUCAUGAACGCUCAUCGGACUUAUGGAAACAAAUGGGCAGAAAUAGCUAAGUUCUUACCAGGAAGGACUGACAAUGCUAUUAAGAAUCACUGGAAUAGCUCUUUAAAGAAAAAGUUGGACUUCUAUCUACGCACGGGCAAUCUUCCCCCAGCCGCUAAGAAUGGUGCACAAAAUGGAUCAAACCUAGCUGCAUCAGAAAUCACAGCUGAAUAUAAAGCACUUAGUAACGAUCAACCGGAGAACCGUGCUUCAUUUCAGGAAAUUGGUACAACUGCUAGUGCUCCUCAUAACAAGUCUGCUGAUUCUGAUUUGAUCAGAUAUGAGGCUGACUCAUUCCAACUAAGGCAUGUCCAGAAUUCAAGCAUUGGGUCAUUCACUGACAAAGGUAGAGAGGAUGAUAAAAUUGCUCAAUACAGAGUGUUAGAGACAUUAAGCACUGAAAUUCCAGUAUAUGGUACCUUGUGCUAUGAGCCGCCACGAUUAGAGAAUUAUGUUUCUUUGGAAUCAGAUCCCCAAAGUACUUCUUGGAUGCAGUGCGACAGGAGUCCGUAUCAGUCCCCUAUAAAAUUCUUGUCUCCAUCUAGUGGAAGUAGUGGAUUGUACUCCCAAACUCCAGAGUCUAUCCUGAGACUCGCUGCAAGAAGUUUCCCCCAUACCCCAUCUAUAUUAAGAAAGAGAAAGAUUGAAUCUCGAUUAUCAGCAACAUCAAACAAGGCUGGGAAUGUACGAGGUGAUAUCCACGAUGCACUUGCCUCCGAUGAGAGUAGGGAAACUGACAGUUCACAGAAAUCUGAGUUGCAAGAUGAAAAUCUGCAUGACAUUCCUCAAAAUGGCACUGACAGUGACUGCACUGGCAAAUCAUUCAACGCGUCUCCACCGUACAGGUUAAGGCCGAAUCGAUCCAGUGUGUCGAGAUCCAUUGAAAAGCAGCUUAAGUUUGCAUUCAGUGACGAGCAGUGCGACAAUAGUUUAAACCCUGAUGAUACUACAACCCUGGGAAGUGAAAGCUCAGGAUACGACAAGUGCUGUUGCGCUUGGCUUCGAGCAAUGUUCAGGAUGAUGGAGAUUGACUCGCCGGCGGCCGAGAACGGGCCUGCUUUGUCUCCUGAAGUUCGCAUUAUGGAGAGGCUUGCUCGGAUAGGAAUUCCUCAAGAAUACGUGGAUCAUCAACAGCGUGGUUUGGUAUCUUAUGUGAAGGAUAAUGAGGUUGACAUAUCAGAAUUAAUUACUACGAUAUUUCCUUCAGAUGAAGACGCUGAAGCAGUUAUUUCAGAAGCUGAAUCUGGGGCAACCGAUAGUAGGAAUAGCCCUACUCUUGAAGAAUUAUUCCAAGAAAGUAUCGUUUGGCUGCAAUGGUUGAUGUUCGAGGGUGAUCCAGAAAUAGCGCUUAAGAAACUGUCUCUGCUGAAUGUCGGUCAACGUGGUGUCUGUGGAGCUGUUUGGGGAAAUAAUGAUAUUGCAUACCGUUGCCGCACGUGUGAGCAUGAUCCGACUUGUGCAAUUUGUGUUCCUUGUUUUCAGAAUGGGAAUCACAAGGAUCAUGACUAUUCUAUCAUAUACACUGGUGGGGGUUGUUGCGAUUGUGGAGAUGUCACUGCAUGGAAGCGUGAUGGUUUCUGUUCAAAGCAUAAAGGUGCUGAACAGAUAAAACCCUUACCAAGUGAAUAUGCUAACCCGAUGGGGCCUGUUUUGGAUUCGUUGUUUGGUUACUGGAGGAAGAGGCUAAUAUCUGCUUCAAAUGUGUCUGAGGAGAGUCCUAAACAUGAUCAAAAUCUUCAACAGGUCACAGAAGAGUUAACAUCUGUUUUGGUGGAGCUACUUUUGGAGUUCUGUAGACACAGUGAAAGUCUUCUUUCUUUCAUUUCUGGAAGAGUUGUAUCUCCGCCUGGUCUAUUGGAAAUUCUUGUCAGGGUGGAGCGUUUUUUUCCUAGUGAUGUCGUUCGGAAACUGCACGAAUUACUGUUGAAAUUGCUCGGGGAACCUCAAUUUAAGUAUGAGUUUGCAAAGGUAUUUUUAGGUUAUUAUCCAGCCGUUGUGGCUGAAGCUAUUAAGGAGUGCAAUGAUGAGGUAUUUAAAAAGUAUCCUUUAGUAUCAACAUUCUCUGUGCAAAUCUUUACGGUACCUACCUUGACUCCGCGACUUGUGGAGGAAAUGAAUCUCUUGCCUAUGCUCCUGGAAUGUUUAGGAGACAUAUACGUUUCUUGCGCUGGCGAAGAUGGUAGGCUGCAGAUUACUAAAUGGGGAAAUUUGUUUGAAACUACCCUCCGUGUCGUUGAAGAUAUACGAUUUGUCAUGAGCCACCCUGUUGUACCCAUCUAUGUUACUCGUGAAAGGCAGGACAUAACAAGAACAUGGAUGAGACUAUUGGGGUUUGUGCAAGGGAUGAACCCGCAAAAGAGAGAGACAGGCAUACACAUUGAAGAAGAAAAUGACAAUAUGCACUUGCCUUUUGUUUUAGGCCAUUCUAUUGCAAACAUACAUGCUCUUUUAGUAACUGGAGCAUUUGCUGAUGGUAAUUAUGAGGAGACAGAAUCUAAGCAGGAUUUUGAAGAUCAAGAUAGCCUUAGACAUGCCAAAAUUGGUAGGAUAUCACAGGAAUGCUCUGUCAGUAGUGCAACUGGGAGGUACAUAUCAGAUCAUUUAUCAAAAGUUGCUGGCACAAAGCAUGACAAUGUAUCUAUUCCUUCCUCAGUUUUCUGGUUGACUUUUGAGUGCUUCAGGGCCAUCGAUGGUUGGUUAGUACUGGAUAAGACUUCAAGUCAUCCAUUAAGCUCCUUAUCAUCUAGAUUAGGUAAUAUGUCUGGCAACACCUCUGCUUUUACGAGGACAUUGUCCAAAUUUAGUGGAAGAACCCUUUUCAGGUCAUCUAGUAGCAGUAAAAUAACGAGUUCCAUAGAUGUAUUUGGUAAGCAAGGUGGUGGUACUCCUGCAGUUAACUUAGAUUCAAGCCGACAUAUGGGACAAGAAGCUGGUCGCGGUUGUUUUGAGGACAGUACUGCAGAGGUAGAAUGCACCUCUGAAUUUGAAGCCCUUAAAGUUCUGAGCUUGACUGAUUGGCCAGAGAUAGUAUAUGAUGUUAGUUCUCAGGAUAUUUCUGUUCACAUCCCAUUGCAUCGUCUAUUAUCUAUGGUUUUACAGAGAUCUUUGAAAAAAUGCUAUGGCGAAUUUGCAGUACCAUAUGUGCCAGUUGCUACAAGUGGGGGUCUGUCAGCAACUACUUAUGAGGACUUCUUUGCCCAUAUUUUGGGAGGUUGUCAUCCUCAUGGGUUUUCAGCCUUUGUUAUGGAGCAUCCUCUUCGGAUUCGAGUGUUCUGCGCCCAGGUUAGGGCUGGGUUAUGGCGUAGAAAUGGGGAUGCUUCCAUACUAUCUUGUGAAUGGUAUCGCUCAGUUCGCUGGUCUGAGCAAGGUUUAGAGCUUGAUCUCUUUCUUCUUCAAUGUUGUGCCGCGCUUGCCCCAGCCGAUCUUUUUGUCAAGAGAAUAUUGGAGCGUUAUGGCCUAUCAAAAUACCUUCUAUUGAAUCUUGACCGAUCUAGUGAGUAUGAACCACUUCUAGUGCAGGAAAUGCUCACUCUCAUCAUACAGAUAGUGAAGGAAAGAAGAUUUUGUGGAUUAACAAACGCUGAAUGUUUGCGACGAGAAUUUGUAUACAAGUUAUCAAUCGGGGAUGCUACUCACAGUCAAUUGGUGAAGUCUCUUCCCCGUGAUCUAUCUAAAAUUGAUAAUCUCCAGAAUAUAUUGGAUUUGGUGGCAAUAUAUUCCAAUCCGUCCGGCUUAAAUCAGGGAAUGUAUAAACUGCGGUCAGAAUGUUGGAAAGAACUAGAUCUGUAUCAUCCUCGUUGGAACUCGAGGGACUUACAGAUAGCAGAAGAAAGAUACUUGCGCUUCUGUAAUGUUUCUGCUGUAACAGCUCAGCUGCCCAGUUGGUCAAGAAUUUAUCACCCUUUGAUUGGUGUAGCGCGAAUUGCUACUUGUAAAGCUGUCCUACAAAUUGUUCGUUCGGUUCUGUUCUAUGCUGUUUUCUCAGACAAGUCAGUGGCGUGUCGUGCUCCAGAUGGUGUCCUUUUGACAGCAAUGCAUUUGCUGUCACUAUCACUAGAUAUCUGUUCUGCGCAACAAGAGUCACGUCAGGGCUUGUGUAACGUAAGCAAUGUCAUUCCCAUUUUGGAAUUUGCAUGCGAAGAAAUUUCGUCAAACGGGCAUGGUGACCAGAGCUUAUUAUCCCUUCUUGUUAUUCUGAUGAGGCUUCACGAAAAAGAGAGAGUUGAAAACUUUGCGGAAGCUGCACAUUUUAACCUGUCUUCUUUAUGUGGAAAUAUAUUGAAGAAGUUUGCAGAGUUUGAGCCAAAAUGUUUGAUCAAACUGCAAAAGAUUGCUCCCGAAGUGGUCAAUCAGCUAUCAAAAGGCAACUCAAGUUCUGAUGAUGUAUCUGGUUCUGCUUCUGAGAGUGACAAACGCAAGGCAAAAGCUCGAGAGAGACAAGCUGCUAUAAUGGAGAAGAUGAAAGCCCAACAAUCUAAAUUUCUGGAAAGCAUUGAUUCCACUGCUGGCCAUGGGGCCAAUGAUUCGGAAUGUGGAGACGCCAUGGCUGUUUCUGAUGUUAUGGAUGAGUCCAAAGAUUCUGAAGAAGUUGUUUGCUCCCUUUGCCAUGAUCCCAACUCAAAUAGUCCUGUAUCAUUCUUAGUUCUUCUUCAGAAAUCCAGGCUCCUUAGUUUUUUAGACAGAGGACCCAUUUCAUGGGAUCAAAAAAACCAGUCAAAGAGGGGCCAAAUAUCUCCUAAAAAUAGCACAACCAGUCUUCCAUCAUUGAUGAGCGGCAUCUCAAGCCCUUCUGAACCUGAGCUAUUACAUUCAAUUCAGAGUGCAUUAGAUUGUUUUGCGUUGGAGGGUCAGUCUUCUGAGAUAAGUGCAUUUCACGAAUUCAUUAGUGCUCACUUUCCUUCAGUAAGGGACAUCCCUUCCCCAUCUGUUGCCGAUGAUGUUUCAAUGAAGACAUCAACUUCAAUUGAGAAGCUGGAAGAACAUAUUUACUCCCUGGUCCAGGAAGAUAUGCGCUGUAAAUUUUUGCAGGAUUCCCUUAAUCAUGGUGAUGACUUCUUGAACAUAAAUGGCACCCAAGAUAGAAGCAGCCAACAUCUCUUGCUUUGCAAGUAUAUGGCCUCUGUUUCCAAAGAAAUUAGGGAAAAUCCAUCCGGAUCUGAAAAUUUACUCUCGCGUAGUAGUAAUAGAGCACAAUCUCGAAGCAGUAUGACAAACCCAGCAUAUGAUGGAUUUGUGCCCUCUGAUUGUGAUGGAAUUUACCUCUCAUCUUGCGGACAUGCUGUGCAUCAAGGAUGCCUUGAACGCUAUUUGUCGUCCUUGAGGGAAAGGUACAUUAGAAGAAUAACAUUUGAAGGAGGGCAUAUUGUUGACCCGGAUCAGGGAGAAUUUCUUUGUCCUGUAUGCCGGGGGCUUGCGAAUUCUGUCCUCCCUACUCUCCCUAGAGAUUCGACAAAGGUCUCUACAUUGCCUGUAUUCCCAAUUGUGGCUGCAGCAGAUGAUGUGUUUCCCUCGACAUCAUCAAGUUCAGAAGUAGAUGGUUUUCGAAUCCAAGAAGCAGUGUGUCUUUUGCAAAGUGUCGCUGUAAUUACUGGAAAGAAGGAAAUUCUCAAGUCAAUCCCUUUGCAGCAUUUUGAAAGUCAGAAGAGCAAUCUCGAAUCCCUGUUUCGUGUCCUAUGUAAUCUGUAUUUCCCGAACAAGGACAAGGUAAGUGGAUCUGGCAGGGUGAGCCACCCAGUGCUUUUGUGGGAUACACUGAAGUAUUCGAUAAUCUCAACUGAGAUUGCUGCUCGGUCUGCAAAUUUGUCUUCCACUCCAAGAUAUAACCUUGAUGCCUUACUUAGUGAGCUAAACUCUUCCAGUGGGUUUAUAUUAUCCCUUCUGCUAAAUGUUGUUCAAGGCACAAGAAGAGAAAAUUCACCUACUGUCCUGCUGAGAUUUAAAGGACUUCAGCUAAUUGCAGAUUCUAUAUGCCGGGGACAUCUGGAACAAUCUUUUGGGCAAAAUCGUCAACUAGAAGGUAACAUGCUGUGUUUAUUGGAGAAAUCUGAGACAGAAGCACAAUAUCCAGAUAUUCAGUUCUGGGAAAGGGCUUCCCAUCCUGUCCUUGCGCAUGAUUCUUUUUCAACACUGAUGUGGACACUCUUCUGUCUUCCCGCCCCAUUCUUGUCAUGCAAGGAAUCCUUUUUCUCCCUUGUGCACGUCUUUUAUGUUGUGACUAUAACUCAGGCAGUAAUUGUAUACUGUCGAAAAAGGCGGGGCAGUUUGACUGAGUUGGGAUUGAAGGAUUGCUUGAUCACAGACAUCUGCAAGCUCAUGGGAGAAUAUGAGAUUCCUCUUCAGUAUUUUGAUUCAAACUAUAUUGAUUCAUUUUGUGAUAUCAAGGGCGCCAUCUGCAGCCUAAGCUGUCCAUUCCUGCGGAGAUGUUCAUUGCUGUGGGGGCUAAUAAAUUCUCCUGCAUCAUUACCUUUUGGUUAUGCAAACCAAAUGCAAUAUGGAUCAUAUGCGCGUACACCCAUGUUGGAUAGUCGGAGCAAUGCAAUAGAUAUUAUUGAGGUUGAAAUGCUGGAAGAAAUGUUCAACAUUCCUUCAAUUGAUGUUGUCAUUCAUGAUGACAUGUCACGUUCGAUGGCAUUGAAAUGGUUACAUCAUUUUUCAAAGGAAUUCAAAUUUCAAGGACAGGGUGUGCUUUAUUCUACUCCAGCUGUUCCAUUUAGUCUAAUGGGGUUACCUAAUCUUUACCAGGAUUUGUUGCAAAGGUAUAUUAAGCAGCAUUGUCCUGAUUGUGGAACUGUUCUCCAGGAGCCUGCGUUGUGCCUGCUUUGUGGCAAAUUGUGCUCACCUAACUGGAAAACUUGCUGCAGGGAAAGUGGAUGCCAGACUCAUGCAAUGGCCUGUGGCGCUGGCACUGGAGUUUUCCUGUUGAUUAAAAAAACUUCAAUCUUGCUUCAAAGAGCUGCUCGCCAGGCUCCUUGGCCUUCCCCUUAUUUAGAUGCCUUCGGUGAAGAGGAUAGUGAGAUGCAUCGAGGAAAGCCGCUGUAUUUGAAUGAGGAACGUUAUGCGGCUCUUAAUCAUAUGGUUGCAUCUCAUGGCCUUGAUAGAAGCUCUAAGGUGCUCCGUCAGACAACCAUUGGUGCCUUUUUCAUGCUUUAG